GUGCCUGUUCUUGCUUUCAGGCUCCGUCGUCGAUCCUGUCGAGAAGACGAUUACUCAAGCAAUCUUCGAGGGGGGAAAAAAAAAUCUCCGGCAGAUUUAAAUCUGAGAUUUUGUCUUGUUUCUUUCUCUGAGAUCUCCGAAUUAGGGUUUUCUUCUUCUUUUCCUCCGCCUCCUCCUUGGUCACAUCUAUCUAUGGAUUCGUCGUUGUCGGCCUCUGUAUUGUCAUGAAUUGCGGAUUUUGAGAUGGCGGAACAUAUCUGGUCUCACGAUCAACCUUCUCUCAGAUAUACGAUACCGUCGUCGAAACCAGCGCCUGAUGUCCCCCGCCACAGUGGUAGGAGUGUCUUUAGCUUGCUAGUUCAGAGGGAAAUUUCACCAAAGACCAAGUAUUUACCAAGGAAACUGUGGGGUGAAAGUAGAUUGGACGCUGAUUCCUCCUGCGGGACCAGUAGCGGUGAAUCGGCGAGUGAUGCUGGGUGCAGUCUCAUUUCAUGGGCUGAGACAGAGUCAUUGCAGCAUUUAUCUGCAAAAUAUUGUCCUCUUAUACCACCUCCAAGGUCAACAAUUGCAGCAGCUUUUAGUUCUGAUGGAAGAAUUCUUGCUUCUACACAUGGUGACCACACUGUAAAGAUUAUUGACUGUGAAACUGGGAACUGCUUAAAAGUCUUGAGUGGCCAUCGGAGGACGCCUUGGGUGGUAAGAUUCCACCCACACCACUCCGAAAUACUUGCUAGUGGAAGCUUAGAUCAUGAGGUGCGGUUAUGGAAUGCAAAAACUUCAGAAUGCAUUAGAUCUCAUUAUUUCUAUCGGCCUAUUGCUUCCAUUGCGUUUCAUGCCGAGGGUGAAUUGCUUGCUGUUGCAUGUGGACAUAAGUUGCACAUAUGGCACUACAACAAGAGUGGUGAAGAUUCCUCGCCGAGCAUUGUGUUGAAGACAAGGCGCUCUCUGAGAGCUGUACACUUCCAUCCACAUGGAGCACCAUUUCUCUUGACAGCAGAGGUGAAUGACAUCGAUUCGUCAGAUUCCUCAAUGACCAGGGCAACAUCUCCUGGCUAUUUGAGAUAUCCUCCUCCUGCUAUUUUUUUAACCAAUACACAGGCUGCCAAUCGUGCUAGUUUGGCAGCUGAACUGCCUCUUUUACCAUUACCAUACCUGUUCGUGCCUCCAUAUUCCAGAGAUGAUGCAAGAAUCUCUCAAUAUUCUGCUGCUAAUGCCGGUUCAAGUAGGGCACCAACAGGGUUACAGAAUAAUCAAAGUGCUGUAGAGAACCGCAGCAGAACAAUAUCUCCUCCCUUGGCUACUCCAUCCGUUCCUUCUGGUCCAUAUCGUGUUUUAGAAGAUUCUGCAGCCAACACAUUUACUACUCGAGCAAGAGCUAGGACCGCUACUACUGCAGAUGCCAUGGAUGUAUAUGAAAUUCAUCCCGUGGGAAGAAAUGGAACUCCCAGUCAAGUUUCAAAUCAAUCAGAUUUUUUUGAGUUUGGACAGCUUCAGCAGUCAUUUCAGUUUAGAGACAGAGCGUGGGAAUUGCCUUUUCUCCAAGGAUGGUUCAUGGCACAAAGCCAUGCUGGUGCUCAUUCAGGGGUUCCACUUAGUGGUAGUAGUGGUCAUGGACAUUCAACUCCUUAUACGGGUUCUUCAGCAUCCUAUUUAUCGACAUCCAGCCUAGAGGCUGCAGUUGCGUCUUUAGAAAUCCCUGGUGGUGUUAACUUAUAUGGCGUUUCUGGAAGAGGUGAUUCUCGAGACCGAAUUUCGCAGAUGCAAUUCUCAAGAUCUGGAUUAGCAGAAAGUGUUUCCUCUCGCGGAACACAACAUGAUGGAGCCGAUACUCAACCUGUGAUGAACAUAAUCCAAUCUGAACUUGCUACUUCAAUUGCUGCUGCUGUCGCAGUAGCUGCUGCGGAGUUACCUUGUACUGUGAAGCUCAGAGUGUGGUCACAUGACAUCAAAGACCCAUGCACACAACUGAAGGCUGACAAAUGCCGGUUAACAAUACCUCAUGCUGUUCUUUGCAGUGAGAUGGGAGCCCAUUUUUCGCCAUGCGGGAGAUAUUUAGCUGUCUGUGUUGCAUGCGUUCUUCCUCAUACUGAGACAGAUCCUGGAUUGCAGACGCUGGUCCAACAAGAUUCAGGGCUUGCAACUUCCCCUACACGGCACCCAGUCACGGCACACCAAGUUAUGCAUGAACUUCGUGUGUAUUCUCUUGAAAAGGACACGUUUGGUUCAGUACUCGUCUCACGAGCAAUUAGAGCUGCGCAUUGCUUGACCUCUAUCCAGUUCUCACCGACCUCCGAGCACAUAUUACUUGCGUAUGGCCGGCGUCAUGGUUCUCUUUUGAAGAGCAUUGUUAGUGAUGGAGAAACAACAUUGCAUUUUUUCACAGUGUUGGAAAUUUACAGAGUUUCAGAUAUGGAACUGGUGAGGGUACUCCCGAGUGCUGAGGAUGAAGUUAAUGUCGCUUGUUUUCAUCCUUCUCCUGGAGGUGGUCUUGUUUAUGGAACAAAGGAGGGGAAACUCAGGAUCUUCCGGUAUAACACCGCUGCUGCCUCCAGCCUCACCGGACCAAACAACUUGCCUGAAGAAAACCUAGCCGAGGUGCAGACUUUGGCAUUAGAGUGCUAGCAAGGAGAGGCACCCAGUCCCAGAAAUCCUCACAAGGCUCUCCCAAUGGAACACUCACUUCUCCAACAGUCCCUGCGGCAUCGGGGUUAUUUUCUCGUUCCUCUUCAGACACUUUGCUCGGGUAGGGACAAAACAAACGGGAUCAAUGCUCGUCUGUUUUUCUUUCGGGUAAUCAUCGCGUCCUGUUUGCCAUCAUCCUUCUCUGCCUUAUAAUCGUUAUUAUAUAUGACCUCCUUGUUGGUGGUGAUCUGAUAUGGCGGGAGAACCUCUUCCUCCUCCCUGUUUUUCUGGUGGGUGUUCACAUUGUCUAUUGCCCCUUUGAAGCAGGGUUCUGAGGUCUUUUGCGCCUUCAUUCUUUACAAAAGCCGCAGAAAAUGUAAAAAAAAAACAGCAUGUUGUUUUUGUUGUAGUUUGUAUCUGCAAGUUUGUAACACGUUUGGUAAUUGGUCCUCUCUUAGGGUUUUUCUUCUUCUUUUUGAUCAGACAUAAUACAGUGGCACACGAAAGUAUACGGCCCAGAAGUAUCGUUUUAUGUAACAUGUUAAAAUGGUUCUGAUGGGGAAUCUGGGGUCUGUAAUACCCAAAAUCUCACAUGAAUGAUAUUAUCAAGUGAUAUUUUAGUA